AUGUUGUCUUCUAAGAAUGGGGCAAAUGAAUGGUCAGCAAUUCUAGACAGUAAAAUAUGGGACUCUCCAGAAGCAGAAGAGAUGAUCAUCUCAGGAUUGAAGUUGAGUCUGGAUAAUUUGAAAUUCCCAAUUUUGAAACAAUGCUUCACAUAUUGCUCAAUGUUCAAGAAAGGCUUUGAAAUUGAAAGGGAUGACCUAAUCCAACUAUGGAUGGCUCAAGGAUUGCUUCACUCUUCUUCCGAGAGUAGUGAUCUAGAGAUGGAGGAUAUAGGCAUGGAGUAUUUUCAUAUUUUGUUGCAAAACUCCUUACUUCAAGAUCUUACGAAGGAUGACUUUGGUGUUGUUGCCAAAUGCAAGAUGCACGUUCUUGUGCAUGAUUUUGCAGAACUUGUAUCAAAAUCUGAAAGCUGCGACUUCAAAUUCUAA